AUAAAAGGCACAAUAAAGCCUUCCGUGUACCAUUUUCUUAAGGAUACGCUAAGAAACUUAAAGUUAAAUCUCGUCCUUGAAUCUAAAGGUCACUAUUGUGAAAGACAGUGUUCCAACAAUACAGUUGUCGCCAGUAGAAAUCGAUCGCUUUUGGUAGUUACUUCUGGUGAAUGCCCAAGCUGCAAGCACUCGCCAAAAACAUAACAAGCAAGAGCUCAACUACAAGGCCACAUGACCUCCAAAGGCAGGAAAUAAUCGAAACAGAGAACCCAGCCACUGCAGCCAUUAAAUACGCGUCUCCAUCAGCCACACACAAGACAAUUUUACAAAAGAAGAUCUGGAAAGUAGCUCUGAUUUGGUUGAACUUGCCACUUUUUGUUUCUUUUAAAGAGUGUGCUCAGGAAACAUCAUCUGGCCAAUGCUGAAGUAUUCCUUUCGUAUACAACAACGUGACCUACAACGGUUGCACUGAUGUUGAUCAUAACCAACCCUGGUGCUCUUUGACUCCGCAGUAUAGUGGAUAAUGAGGAAAUUUUGUCGUGUCGUUUGGGUUUUCUUUCAAAUUUCCUCAGGGGAUAAUAGAGCCUACCCCCACAAAUUUUAAAAGCUAAUGAUAUGGGCAUAAUAUUUUCAAAUUUUCAUCACUCUUACAAUUUGUUUCUUAUUUGUUUGUCACAGCUCACCGACUACGUCUUGCGAUGGUUAAUUUUGGCUACACAGUUUUCUUACCACUCGAUGUCAAGUCUAGUAAUAUUAUUACUCGCCUGAGGAUUUGCUCUUACCUUUACUAGAUUUCAAAGUAAAAGUGGCCUUUUGUCUACCGAGGUGACAUUUUCAAAAAUAUCAUUCAUUUUGAUCUCUACCGACUUGUGUACACACACCUAAGUAAAAAGGAGCGAAUGAAAAAUAACUAUGCGAUUAACUGGUCAGGUGAGCCAGCAGCUGCACUUUGAGAAAGCAACCGACCCGGCAGCCCGGGCAAGCCCGAAUUAUGAAGGUUAUCGGGCCCUUAGUUAUCUGGUCUAGAAUAUUAAACACUUUCAGAGUUAAAAAGAUGAUUUGUUGUUCUCAUAUCAUUUUUCUUUCUUUUCUCCACCACUUUUACCUACCACUAUACCUACCACCACAAUCUCAACUACGCCUGCCCCAACAUCUCCUUGCCCACAAAUGGCUGGCGCAGUUUCUGGUAUUAUACUACUACAUGAGAAAUUUCUGCAAUUUGAUUGGCUUAGAGCAGUGGUCUUUCAGCUUAAUUUGAAAUACCUACAUGUCAAAAUUACAACACUAUUGCUAGUAGUAGUAUAAACAAAUAAGGGCAUGAUUUGUACGUGAUAUUUGGCAUAAAUGCCACUCGUGAUCUUUCAAAGUUGUCUCAAAUUUCACUCACCUAACAGCUCGUGAAAUUACGUAUAACAAUUUCGAAAUAUCGCUCUUGGUAUUUAUGCCAAAUAUCACUACAAAUCAUGCUAUUACCUAUACAAACCUGCAUUUUUCCCUUCACAUACAAACGGGACGAAUACUUCUGUUGUUCAACUAAGUAUGAACCUAAUAACCGAAUGAAUGCCCGACUCCACCCCAUUUUUUGUUGGUGGGAGUUUUGAAGAGAAAUUACUAAAGUUGAAAAUAUACAUGCCUUCAAAUUAACGAAUCAAGGCGAUUCAGUAGACGACUAAGAGGCAAAUUGGCUUUUAAAUUCGGGAAACGAUUGCGCUGUUUUUGCCUCGUAAGAAAGAGUAUUCCAGAGCACUCAUUUGCAGCACUAUACUUAAAACUAUGUUAAGGAAAAUUAGUCUUUGGCCUUGGAAGUGCUAGAUCAGUUUCAAGAUUCCUAACAUUAUAAAUGAUGCUAGUAUCGUUUAGGUUCUGUAAAGGAGGCUCUCAAAUGUAGCUGUAAUACUGUGUUGCUUUGUUUGUUGUUUAUAAAAUUCUGUUUGCAAAUGAACCUGUUUUUUCCAUAAAAAGCUAAAAAUUAAUUGUCUUUAGACUUAAUUUUCCACUUAUCCGAUUUCGAAUUCUUUAAUGAACGUGAACCAAAUUAUUACCGCUGUUAUACUACAUGAUUUUACGUGAUAUAUGACACAAAUACCACUCGUGGUGUUUGAAAAUUGUCUCAAAUUUCACUCGCCUAACGGCUCGUGAAAUUGCGUACAACAAUUUCGAAAUAUCACGCGUGGUAUUUAUGCCAAAUAUCACUUCAAAUCAUGCCGAUUACCUGUACAAAUUAUAGUUCUGUUUCUCACUGAAUUAUGCGGCUUAUUUUUAAAAAAACGUCCUUUUUAAUAGCUUAUUGCACUCUAAAAUGGAGCUGAAACAUUUCUGCACUUAUUAUUAUUAAAAUGCAGUCUCUUUCUUAUUAAAAGAUAAACAGAAAUGAAAUAAAACAUUUUAUAGAGCAUACCUGCUUCUUGAUACUAUACUACCAUUUGACAAUCUCCUUUAGGGGACAAAUAAAGCCAGAGCCACGCCCAAGCUAGACUCCAUCAGAAAUUAAAUUCUUCUUAUUGCCUUAAGAUCAUUCACUACCUGUCUCGAGCUAGCCUUGCCUUCCCAACACUGCAGAAAUCCCAUACUGAUGACGCAUUUGUGACUACCCAGAUCCGGGCAGUGCUUCUAACUGGUUGAAGCAAAUUUUCAGACAAUCACAAGCACUACCUAGAUCUAGGUAGUGACGUGGGUCUUGCAUAUUAAACACUUCCAAAGUUAAAGAAGUGAUUUGUUGUUCUCAUACCAUUUUUCUUUCUUUUGUCUACCAAGUUUUGUCUGCCGCCAUACCUACCACCACCAUCACAACUACGCCGACAACUCCCUGCCUACAUACGGCAAUAUCCGGUAAAGCCUGCAUUCUUCCCUUCACAUACAAAGGGGCGCCAUACUACUGUUGUUUAACUGAGGAUGAACCUAACAACCGACCGUGGUGUCCCCUGGAUCCUGUAAAUUUUAAUGUAGGACCAGCCGGAAUUUAUUGGGACUAUUGCAGUAAGUUCAGACAUAGUUAUAAGGAUCUUACACCCCGAAUAAAUCACCUUAAGACACAAAAUACCUGUCUUCUCCUGUCAUCCUGGCAAGAAAGGAAACCGUCCCGGCAAAUAAAUGCCCGUCCCCCCUCCCCCUUCCCGCUCCCCCUAUGGAGACAGCACCAGAAUAAUACGCGUUGCUUCUUAGAUUAAAAAACAAAAAACUUUGAAGGGAGUUUGAUGGGGCUUACUUUUUUCUGUUUAGAAAAAGUUAAAAUGUAGAUGGAGUCGUGUGAACAGUUUUGUCCGAGGUUGUAGCUUUAAAAGCCAUUGAUUUGUUUAUUGUUUACAAAAGUCUGUUUGCAAGUGUCAACCUUUUAUUUUCUACAAUAAGCUUAGCUGAUUCAUUGUUUAUUAAGUUUUCCCUUUUUCAUAUUGCCAAUUCUUUAAUGAACGUGAACCAAAUUGUUGUUACUGAAAUUCAUAGUUCUCACUAAAUUAUGCGGCUUAAUUUUAAGAAAACAUUGCUUUUUAAUAAAUUUUUUGCAUUCUAAAAUAGAGCAAACUUUUCUGCUUACCAGCUAGUUCUGCACUAGAGCUUAAAGCUUGCACUUUCCCGGUUAUCUCUAUAUCACUCUUGCGGGAAGAGGGCAUGAUACAUUUAUUUUUAAAAAGAAGUUCCGACAUCUCCGAUAUUACGCUCACUCUGAUUGUUUGAAAAAGCGUACUUUAUGAGAGUAUAAAACACGGAGCUAAGGCGAUAACGCCAUCUGCCAAUAGUUUGUUUUGAAAAGUAGAAAAUGAUGCGUGGGGAAUUAAACAGAUUCUUUAUCAUAAACAAUUAAAGAUUUUUUUUUUUAUUUGCCUGUGCUCUGCUCUGUAGUAAAAUAUUUAUUAGGAGGCGGCUAAUGUGCUUCAUUUUUGUAACAGAAUAGAGCACAGGCAAGCGUUCUUCAUUUGUUAAGUCAGAUCACAUGUAACAAAACCAUAAUCUGAUAGAACUUCUGAUUAAUUCACAACCAAUACCUGAGGGAAGCUCCGACCUUCCUAAAUUCCAGAUCGUGCCUUCCUUAGCUGGGAGGGGGGGGGGGGUCCAUUUUUAUUGUUUAAUAAAUUAAAGUAUAAAGAGGAAUUUUUUUUUCUGCUAAAAAAGAAUGAGUUAGGAUUUUGUUUCAUGGAAUUCCUUUUUCAAAAAGUCGCGCUUUGCUGCCACUCAUAAUAUGAAUUGAAUAGCCACUGACAGUAGCAAAAGACCUCAUUUUCAGAUUUUUUUAGGAGGCGGAUAAUGUUUUUUAUUUUUGAAAAAAAAAAAAACAAAGGCAAGUUUUCUUUUUUUGUAAAAAAAAACAACAUAAAAAAAAACAAAAUUUGAAAAGAAUUUUUGAUAAAUUCAAAACAAAAACUGGGGGGAACCCCCCCCCUUCCAAAAUUCCAGAUGGUGCCUUCUUUGGGGGGGGGGGGGGGGGGGGGUCCAAUAUGACUACUGAAUUAUGUUCAGGAUGAAAUAGAAAUAUUUUUGUCCUGCAUAAAGAUAUCAUUUAGGUUUGUGCUUACAGAAAUACUUUCUUCAAAAAUGGUCUCUUUAGUUACGAACUUAAUGGACAGAUAAAGCCAGAGCAAAAUUCAAACUGGUCCCCUUUAGGAAUUCUCUAAUUAUUGCCGUAAGAUCAUUCACUACGUCUCUCGGGCGGUCAAGCUGUAUUUCAUUGUUUUUGUUGUCUCUUAUGUGCGCUUCAUUUUUACAUCCCGUUUUUCUUUUCCUUUUAUUUUUUUCCUAGAGUAAUCCAGGACCGUGCAUUCGAACUACAAGAGCAUACACAGGUAAGUAUUUUGAUACGUUAUCAAUUCAUAGACAAUGUUAAGCAAUUUAAAAUAUCGCGAUUUGUCAGUGGUUAGCCUGAGAAAACAGCCGACAUUUGGCGACGCCACCACUGGUUUCUCCGCGAAAUGACGUCGACUGAGAAACGAGCGUAGAAAUUCCAUACUGAUGACACGUCACUACCCAGUUCGCCAAAAAUGUCGGCUGUUUUCUCAGACUAGUCGGUGGUGAGCAGGUCAAUUAUUUGUGGAAGGUGAGAAAAUGACAGUCCUGGAUUCAGUGGAACUUGGAUUCCGGAUUCUAGUAGAUAGCUGAAUUCCGGAUUUCAAAGCCCAGCAUUUCCGGGUUCCACAAACAAAAGCUUCCCGGAUUGCGGAUUCGGCAAGCAAAAAUUUCCUGGAUUUUGGAAUCCGGAUUACAUUACAUGUGGCAACGGGAGGAACAAGGCACCGGAAUGCUGGGUUUGCCUUAGCCUGACAUAAAGUGUGCGAAGCAAUCCAAGGCUAAGCAACACAGUGCGGCAUUCUACAGCAAAAAUUACAGGGAGUAUGGGAAUCGACCAAAUAGAAUUAUCGUAUAUUUAAAAAGGUUAUUGACUUUAAAGCUGUCUUCUUACUUUCUUACCUGUUUUUAGGAGUGCAACCUUUGUGGACCUGACAGCGAUCAGUGUUGUGUGGAACUGGCUUGCUUACCUUAUUUUCUGUUUAUCUAG